UAUCUAUUAGAAUCAAUUAAUUAUGUAACACUGACUCAUCAAAUCGACAUAAUUCAAGUUGUAAUGUGCAGCAAUCCUUUUUAUAAUUAUUUACGUUUGUUUUUAGAAUCGUAACUGAGGUUUGCUUUUUUAUGAACACUUUGAGUAAAUAAAAUGGCUCCAUUUAAUUGGAGAUGGAACAUUUGCAACUCCAGUAAUAUAAAUUUCACAUGCUGUUAUUCUUCAAUUUAUUUCAGGUCACUUUGGGACCAAAUUUGGUUGUCAAAAAGCAUGUCCUUAAAAGAAUCGUGACAAAGAAAGUUCGAUCAUAUGUUGCUAACUUAAUGGGGGCAACCUUACCCUAUGAACACAUGACUACCCACAGCUACAAGGGCCAAAAAGGGAAAAAUGGUCAGGUCAAGCCUAGGCUUGAUCCCACGUACACUACUUCUUUAAUUCAGCAUGCAACGAGUGUAAAGUAUUCAAAUAUGCCACGCCAGGUUAUAGAAGAAGAUGUUGUAAAAGCUAUAAAGUUCAAACUUAAUAACAAAGAACAAGCAUGGAAAAAACAACACGAAUCCUGUAAAGAGUAACAUUAGCUGUCUAUAGUAUAUUUUUCUAUAAAGGAAAAAAAUUGGUGAAUAUUUUUAUCUGGUUAAAAUACAAUGUAUAAUUAAAAUAUCGUGGAUUCAUGGUUUUAUUGAA